AACGGACCACCGUGAACGGAACGACCAACAUGACACAUGUAUCCUUAGUGUGAAUUACUAAGGAUAUCUGGGAACAUCGGCAUUCAUGCAUCCUCGAGCAGUUGCCCGUCUCCUAGCUCUCCGUCGACAGCUUACGAACAACUCACUGAUUUCGCCAUUCAAAUUGCACGCCCGCAUGUCUUCUAACGAAGCCACAGCGGCGGGAGGUCCUGACCUCUCUACCAAGGACCCACAGCAGUCAGGGGAGCCGAAGUUCAAUUUCCCGCUGUCAGAGAUACCGAAGAACCCACUCGGUGAGGGGAGAUACAUCAAGUCUGCAGCAGCUUUGAUCAUUGGUGAUGAAAUCCUGAACGGCAAGACGCUUGAUCGCAAUUCCAAUUACUUCGCGAGAUAUUGCUUCGAACAUGGGAUUGACCUGAAGAAAAUUGAGGUUAUUCCUGAUGACGAAGACGAAAUCAUCGAAGCCAGCCGAAGGAUGGUUGAUAAGUAUGACUUUGUUAUUACCUCUGGCGGUAUUGGACCCACACACGAUGAUAUCACAUAUGCUUCCCUCGCGAAAGCCUUCACUCAAGGGCUAGUACACCACCACGAGACACUCAGACGCAUGCAAGAAAUGAGCAAGCAUCGUUGGGCUUCGUUAGCUCAACAGACGGAGGAGCAGCGAACAGCCAGAGAGCGCAUGGCAUUGUUCCCGGAUCGUGCUGAGAUUCUGUUCAUAGCACCAGACAUUUGGGUGCCUGUCGUUCGAUUGGAAGGGAAGCUCUGUGUGUUUCCCGGCAUACCAAGAUUGUUCCAGAGAAUGCUUGAAGGGCUUACACCCUUCUUGACACUUCCACCAAUACAUGAACGACCAUACCGACAGCAAAUAUUCACUGCUCAGCCGGAAUCAUCCAUAGCGCCGUACCUUACCGAGCUCCAAGCUCGUAUGAAGUCUCAGGGUAUACGCAUUGGGUCUUACCCCACCUUUGGGACUGGCGUAUAUGUAUCUAUCAUCUCGAGCAAUCACGCCGAUGCUCACGCCCUUGCGCUAGAGGUGGCAGCUGCACUAGAUGGAAGAUUGGUGAGUGACGAAGAAGCUCGAGCGAUACUGAAAGAGAAAGAGAAAGGAGCGGCAUGAUAUUUUGUUGAGUAUAUACCACAUUGAACUUCAUCAGGUAUUAUGCAUGAUAUCCCGUUGAUAUCCCCAUCCAGAAUACAUGUAUUAUUGGAGACCUGUAUGAUAAGCCUUCAAGAGAAUUUCGUUCCUGUCUUCUGACCCUGCUGAACAGUUUCAUCAAUCGUUGGACAUCGGACUACUCACCCUCAAUAUAACCUGUUCACUGUUUUCCAUCAUAUUGACAGGUUAACGAUCCAACUUGUGCAAUC